AUGACAAAGCUCCACGACGUUAUUAUAGCAGGAGCCGGCCCUGUCGGCCUACUGCUCGCCUGCGAACUCGGCCUGGCGGGCACUGCUGUCCUCGUUCUUGAGCGCGAUAAAAUUCCAGAGUCCCCCUGGAAAACCACACCGCUCGGCUUCCGUGGUCUCCAGACAUCGGCAAUUGAAACUUUCCAUCGGCGCGCCCUGCUCGAUAAGUUCUUUGACCUCUCCAAUCGGCCCCACUCUCCGCCGAAGGAGAAAGGUGGGAACAGGUUUGGCGGGCACUUCGCCGGCAUCCCGCUCAACAUACACAAGCUCGACCUUGCCCGGCAUAGAUAUCGUCUCCCGGGACCUUCACUUAUGCCUGCACCCACAACUAUCGACAAGAUCGAGGCCAUUUUGACCGAGCGCGCAGAAAGCCUAGGUGCUGAGAUUCUCCGCGGGCAAGGCUUCGACCACAUCGUCCAGAAAGACGACAGCGGUCUAACGAUCGAAACAGAAUGCGGCAAACAGUUCCGGACCAGAUGGCUUGUCGGAUGCGACGGGGGUCGAAGCAGAGUGCGUAAAGCCGCUGGGUUCGACUUCGUUGGGAGCGAACCAACCCUCACGGGUUACAGCCUUCGCUGCGAUCUCGAUCACCCAGAAAAGUUAAAGAUGGGCUUUAACACUACCGAGACUGGCUUCUACAUAUUCACCGGAUUUGGAAUGUUCGCCCUGCUGGACUUUGACGGUGGGGCUAGCCAGGCACGGAAACAGGAGCUUACCCAAGAAUACAUGCAAGGCGUCCUUGAACGUGUGCUCAACAGAACAGACGUCCACAUCACUAAAAUCCAUCUCGUUUCGACGUGGACAGACCGCUCAAAACAGACAACAAACUUCCGAGAAGGUCGCGUUCUGCUUGCCGGAGACGCUGCGCAUAUCCACCCCCCGUUUGGCGCCCAGGGCAUGAACGCCGGCUUAGGUGACGCGAUGAACCUAGGUUGGAAGCUGGCUGCUACUAUCCAGGGAGAGAAGUGUAGCGAGGAUGGACUGUUCCAUUCCAAACUGCUUGACACCUAUGAGAAAGAGCGCCACCCAGUUGGCGCUUCGGUCCUUGAUUGGAACCGGGCACAAGCUGCGACGAUGCAGCCGACUCCCACAGGCCGGGCUUUACGGGCGCUUGCGAGCGAUCUAAUCGACACGGACGAUGGUGUGAACCAUUUUAUCGACCGAGUUUGGGGCCUCUCACAGCGAUAUUCGCUGAGCGAUGAUGCAGACGAGCAUCCUCUCGUCGGGCACAGUGCCCCAGACUUCACCUUUACAGACGGUUCGAGGCUCAAUCCGAAGCUAGAAAAGGGGCAGGGCUUGCUCCUAGACUUUGGAAAAGACCAAAAAUUGAAGGCGGUAAUCGAUUUACACAAGUGCGACAUACCCGUGGAGUACCUGAAUGCAGACUCUGAUGUUAGACUGGGUAUUUCUGCUCUUCUUAUCCGAUGUGACGGCUUUGUUGCUUGGGUGGCUGAAGAAUCUUCCGACCCUGAUGUGGCUAGACUAACAGCUGCACUUGAUAUGUGGUACUGUAUUCGCUAG